GGGUUAGGUUAAGGUUAGGGUUAGAUUAGGAUUAGGGUGCUAACAUGCGAUCGGUUUACAUCGGAUUUUAGAGAUGUAUCUACUUACAGGCUACAACCCUAACCACUAACCCUAUGGACGAGUUUCUAUACAAUAUGCAUUAUGAAUUCAGAGCCUCUGAACCUUUAUCAGACCUUAACAAGUUUUUAAAUCAUGUAAAAGAAGAAUAUCCACUGUAAUUCAUUACUUACUUACAAUAUAUUCUCACUUUAUACUAACUGUCUUCUGAUUGGCUAAUAAUUGUCAAGGUCACUUAAAAUUCGUUCAUAGGUCGUCCUUAAAUUAGAGUCUCGCCCAUUUUGCAUGUGCAAUGUUAUUUAAGAGCUUAUUCAGGUCACUACCUAGUUUGGGUGUAUGUAACCGACAAAGCCACCAAAUCUGAGAUAUCUCACUACAUAUGUUCCUUUAUGUAUGUUAUCCGUCUACUCUUCUUUUGCUUUAGGUCGGAUGGCUCCUGUAAGGAAAAGUAUCUCUUCUCGACAUCCUUCUGAUCGUUUUUCCAAGAAGCAUAUUCGUAACGAGGAUGGGUCAGUAUUGGUUGUAAGUAAAAAAAUGAAGAACAUAAUAAAACAAGACAUUAAAGCACAAUCCAUAACUAAUAUGCUAACUGACGAUCCUAAUUCCGAAGAUCAUUCGAACCUUUCUCAAUCAUCUUUCAAACACGCCUUAAAUCCAUAUACUCAAUGUAGUGAUAACAACAGUUUGAGUAAACCUUGCACUCGUUUAUCACCUAAUAAUACUAAUAUGCAUCGAAUUGUCAAAAAAGUUCCUCGUAAAAAGCGUCUCAAAUCUAAAUUGCAUUCUCAUUUUAAUCGAAAUCAAAAUUUAAAAUCAACUUUACUUUCUAUGGAAAAAGAUAUAAAAGGAGAAUCUCGUGGAAAUCAACAAUCGAUAGUGCACUUUUCUACCGAUCAGUCAGCUUUCGUAAAGUCAAAUGGAAUGCGUAUUCAAAAGUCAAAAUUGAAAUCCUCACAAAAACAACAAUCAAAAGUUGACGAUAAUCAUAUUGAAGAAAAAAGACCAUCAUCAAUAGAUAUUGUCAAUUCCUUUCGCAGCUUACUACAACAAUUUUAAUGGAUAUCUCUUUUUGUUGUUGAUUGUUUUAUGAACUAGUUCUCAAAAUAGACCAGAUCGUCUGUAGAUUAAAACAGUAACUGUAUAUUUGAUGAUUGAUAGUGUCUUGGAAUUGUUUUUGUAAAUAAAUAAGUUACAUGAAUAAAACUGUAUAUACUAAUUGUAUUUCAAGUUUUGUAUUUUACAAGGGUAAACAAUCUAUCCUAUGAAUUUUUCUAAAAUUGGAAUUUCAGAUUUCUGACGUAAUCAGUGUAGACAUUUGAUUUUUUGUUUAUUUUGGGUUAAAGAUUCGUAAAUCAUUCUCCACUUUGAUUUAAAUGAUAUUGCUAGUUUGUAUAUAAUACAUGGUUCAUGAUUUUUGGGUUUUACUUCCAGUUAGUCAUAAACAACGUAGAACCUGACAAUAUUUAUAUCGGUCAAAGUUGCCAUAUCAUAUCCCCUCAGCGACAUGAAUGUCACAGUACUAGGAGUAUUAACAGUGUCAUUAUUAGUAGUAAGGUUUACACAUAAAUGAUAUGAUUAGGGAAGAAAGGGUAAAUUCAUGGAGUAAAAAACACAUGAGAUAAUUUUCAGACUCAGCAUUUAAGAGAAAACAAAGAAUGAAUGCCAGUCUAUUCCACUGUGACCGAUUGAGCUCAAUGUUACCCAUAAGUGAAAAUAUAAUCAAAACAGUAUAAUUUUGAAAUAAUAAGAUUAUACAGAUAUUUGUGAUAGGGAGGCGUUCAUGUGACAUAGCUCCCUCCCAGUAUUCUAUGUUUCAAGAGUUGAUAAAAAUUGUCAAUAAGUACAUGCUUCAUUCACAUUACGAUACUGGUUUUCGAACAUUUUGGGUAUCAUUAUACACAGCUCAGUCUCGUUCUCCUUAUUUCAAGAGCCCACUUAAAUGCGUUUCAUGGGACUUAUUAGCUCAUAUGUGUUAAGAUUGAGAAGUAACUUCUCUAUAUUAUUCAUUCUUAUAGUCUACUUAUUUACGUCUCCUAUAUAGUGUUUCGUUUGUGUGUUAUAAUAACUCUUCACCUGAUCACUAUUCGUAC